AUGGAUGCAGCAAAAUAUUGCAGUUGCGGUAAUGAAGCUUUCGUCGAUGAUAAUUAUGAGGAAGCCAUUGAGCUAUACUCAAAAGCGAUCGAAAAAGACAACACUAUUGCUGAAUAUUACACUAAGCGUGCUACAGCAUUAAUUAAGGUCAAGAGAUAUCAAGAGGCUAUUAAGGAUGCCGAUGAUGCAAUUCGGAUUGAUGCAACAAAUUGGAAAUCAUAUCUCAGGAAAGGAAUUGGAUUAUAUCACAUUCGUGAUUACAGUCACGCUAAAGAAGCAUUCUUACGCGGUCAAGAAGUCAAUGGCAAUGAGGAAUCGUUUGCUAUGUGGAUCGAUAAAUGUACUGCUGAAUUGGGCCAGCAAUCUAAUGACAACCCUUCUGAUCUUGCACAAAAAUCAAAUAAAGCUGUUACUGAGACCGAUAAUGCUGCCGCUGAAGUGGUAACUGUCGUAUCAGCUUCACCUAAGAUCAGGCACGAUUGGUAUCAAACACAAACUACAGUUACUAUAGAUAUUUUAAGCAAAAAGGUUAAUCCAAGAGAUUUUUCGAUCGAUUUUGACGCAAAUUCUGUUCAAGUGACUUUCCAGGAUCAGCAUGGAAACAGUAGAACAAUAUCUUUUAAUUUAUGUCAUGAUAUUAUCCCAAGUCAGUCAAAAGCAAAGAUAUUAACCACAAAGAUAGAAAUUCGAUUGAAGAAAGCAGAAGGGAUACAGUGGACUAAUUUAACUAAAAGUGAUCCCGAUGAAAAAGCAACAAAGAUUCGCACUUAUCCUUCAUCAAAUCGUGGUACGAAAGAUUGGGAUAAAAUAGAAGCUGAAAUUAAACAAGAAGAAAAGGAGACAAAGCUUGAAGGCGAUGCAGCACUAAAUCAAUUAUUCCAACAAAUUUAUGGUGAUGGUAGUGAUGAUGUUAAGCGGGCAAUGAUGAAAUCAUUUGUUGAAUCAAAAGGAACAGUACUAAGCACCAAUUGGGGCGAGGUCAAAGAGAAAAAUAUUGACUGUAAACCACCGGACGGAAUGGAAUUUCGUAAAUAUGACCAAUAA